GUUCCCGAGACCUUGCGAUCCGUGCUCCAUUCGAACCGGGCUUUCGCGCGACUGAAGCUGAAGCAGUGGUCCGGCGUGGAGGAUGACUGCACCAAGGCCCUGAGCCUCAACUCGGGCAAUGCUAAGGCCUUGUACCGCCGAGCGCAGGCACGUUUCGAGCUGAAGCAGCGCCAGGGGGCCUUGGACGACGUGGAGAAGCUGUUGCCGCUGCUGGCAAAGCCCUGA